CUCGCUUCGACGUCGUUGUACAACUAUGGAAGCAAUCAGAUUCGGAUGUUUGUUUCUCAAAUCCGGCUACUGUGUUUUUCUCAUUUCGUCUUUUUAUCUCAGGAAGGAAAAAAUUCUCGAUUGCGUAGGAUCAAAAUGGCGGCACCAUUCACGUUGAGGAAAAUCGGUGUUCCACCGAACUCGGCGAACCUAACGGAAGCUCGCCGCCGUGUAUUCGAUUUCUUUAGAGCUGCCUGUAGAUCUAUCCCCACCAUCAUGGACAUUUACAAUCUUCAAGAUGUCGUCGCGCCUUCUCAGCUCCGCUAUGCAAUCUCUGCUCAGAUUCGGAAUAACGCUCACAUCACCGACCCUAAGGUAAUUGAUCUUCUUAUAUUCAAGGGAAUGGAAGAGCUGACUGACAUAGUGGAUCACGCAAAGCAGCGUCACCACAUCAUUGGUCAAUACGUGGUGGGUGAAGGGCUCGUUCAGAAUACUGGAAACAAGGAUCAAGGAAAGACUGAUUUUCUCAAGAAUUUCUACACCAGCAACUACUUUUGAACUGGUGAUGUUUACUUUUCGAGUUUCCCAUAAGCUGUACUGGUUAUCCUGCUUCAGUUCAUGUUCAAGUUUCGCAUAAGUCUUGCCAGUAUUGUAUUGUCGACUUUUGGAAGAAAUCUUCUUCCCGAAAAUAAUUAGAUCUUUUCAUUUGUGUGAGUAUUUUCUCUGACUCAGGUUGGUUAUACAGAGUAUUAGCCAAACCUCUGUAAGCAUUGUCUGUGACAGUGCAAAUCUUGCUAUGAUUUCAAGAUACACAAUCUGCUCUCUCUUUUA